UGACUUUAUUUCAGUGAAUUUAUUUCUAAUUCACUUUCAUUAUUCUUAUUACAUUCAGUGCACAACAUUACGCAUUAGAAAUAGCCAUUCGUUACAUAACGUAUUUGCGUAUCGGGAAUUUCUCAAAAUAUUUAUUUAUUUCUUGUAUUUACUUUCAAUUUGUGAUAUUUAUCAGUGUGAUAAGAAUGUAGACAUAAAGUUAUCGUUAAAUGUAGGGCAAAUUAUCUCCUUAAAGUGAAAAGAUGCAUCGUUUUUACCGUUUCUGAAGAACAUAGUUAAAGGCCCCACAAUGUGCAUGCACAUGUGGAUGUGGUUCGGUUACGACGUGGGCGACCUGCUGUUUGCCGGGCUCACCAUCAACACAAGAUGGAGCUUCGCGCUCGCGUGGAUCGUGCUGUUCUUCGUCGCGCUACUAUUCGAAGCUUCCAAGGUAUAUCUGGCGAGGGUGCAGCGGGAAGCUCACAAGAAGUUGUUCCCUUACCGGUCGGAUGAGAGGAGGAAUUUAUUAUGUGAACGGGAUCAAGGUAACCCCAUGGAGCCCACGACGAGCAGAAACACGAGCACGGGGCAGGUCAGCCGCUGGUCUUCGUUCCAAGUGAGGACGCUGGUGAACUUGCACCAGACCACAGUGUUCCUCGUGCACAACAUCGUGGGCUACCUGCUGAUGCUGGUGGUGAUGGUGUACAACGUGCACCUGAUGCUGGCUGUCGUCUUUGGUAUGAUGCUGGGGUACUUCCUUUUUGGCCCAAAGUUGACCCUUUUGCAAAUGCAAUGUUUCGGCACCAAGCGGAUGGUCAUUUGUACUCCGGAGUGUGAUGACACAGCGGAAAGCUCAACCCCGCCGCUUCUAACAUCCACACACAGCACAGAGUCGGACAUUUUCGUUUGCCAAACGCGCACCUGCAUCCAGCCGUCACACUACUUCCCCGCGAGCACGUCGGCGGAACAGAACAACGCCACGUGCUAUUAUGGCGCCAAGCGGUGCCCGUCGAAGGUUGCCAGAGCGAAGAAAGCGCAAGCGCAAAGUUCGCACUGCCGCCACCAAAGUGAUAAAGAAGACAGCCCUAGCGUGGAAGACGCUCAGCUGCUCGGAACUGAGCGUCAGGGCUGCUGCAAUAAACAAAACACGCCGCCGGAUGACAAAUGUUGCAAAUCUAGUCAAGACACUAAAGCUAUCGUUCACGAGAGGGAUGAGAGUAGGGACGGCUCGGAAAGUGCUGUUCUGAGAGAGGACAGCCCUCAGAUCACGUGUUGCCAUAACGCUAAACCAACCACCAGUGAGAGUCAAGAGGAAAUUAUGAAAGUGUGAUGUUGUUACCAUGUGGAUAACUAUAAUGGAUUGUUAUAUUGAAUGUAAUGUUAAUUGAAUCGAAUUUAAUACGUCUUUAUAGGGAGGUGAAGAGACUUGUGGACGC